AUGUGUGGAGAUGGGAGUGCGGCGUUAUCAUUGGAGAACGCGACUCUCCCUUUCAACGCCCUCCUGAACAGCACCUCCCUCUGGGAUGGCGGAGACAAGGGGGACGUGGGGUCCGCCCUGACGGUCCUGCUGCUGAACGUGGAAUGGGCUGCGCUGGCCACUGCGCUCCGGUCUCCGGAUAAGACAACACAGAACAUGAUGACAGAAUCGAUGGCUAUCCAGACGCGGCUCGUCACAGGAAACUGCAGCCGGGACACUGAGGUCUUCACGCUGAGAGCUCACGAGGAGACGAUGGUCGUGCACUGUGAUACAGUCACCGGGGCAGCCACACAAGGUGUGGGGGCUGCUGCUUUUAUUUCCUACUCCACCCUGGACUCCAUCAUCCGUGCGAGACGUCCCAGCGAGGGAAAUCUACCGGCUGGUGGGAAGCUGGGGAAGAGUCAUCUCAACUCCAGGGUGGUGAGUGGGGCCGUCGGAGACGGGAGACCCAUUCACCUCUCCAGACCCGCACACUUCACCCUGCGCCACAGACAGGCCAAAAAGGAGGAGGAAGAGGCUCUCUGCGUCUACUGGAAAGUAGAGGCUGAGAAAGGCAGCUGGUCUCCGGACGGCUGCACCACCGUGCACACGAACAGCACUUACACCAACUGCAGCUGUGACCAUCUCUCCAGCUUCGCCGUCCUAAUGGCUCCCACCACAGUGACGGAGAGUUACACGCUGACCAUCAUCACCUACGUGGGACUGACCCUCUCCCUGCCAUGCCUCUUCCUCGCCAUCCUCACCUUCCUCCUCUGCCGUUCCAUCCGCAACGUCAGCACCUCCCUCCACCUGCAGCUCUGCCUCUGCCUCUUCCUGGCCGACCUGCUCUUCCUCACCCAGGUGACCUGCACCGGCAGUCAG